CACCUUUUCACGUUGUCUUGACUUUAGAACGCGCUUUUAAAACCGCAGUCACAUAGAUGAUUGUAGAACAUUUGGGAUAUGUCGUUUUGAGGUAUAUAAAGUGAAAUUAACACUGAAAUUGCCAGUUUCCUCUAAGAAGUUCCAGUGUUCGUGUGUUGCAAAAUGAACCUCAAGGUGCAGAUUUUUCUUAUCUGCUCAGUAAGCUGUGCGUUGUCUUUCGAUUUGAAACAACGAAAACGCCAGAUUUCGCAAGGAACAAACACAGAAAUAGAGCCAGAACCUUCAGCAACUGGAUUUCAAGAAGCAGCAGCAGUGCAAGCUGGAAGCAAGUAUUUCCAAGAUAUUUACAUGGCGCAGCAUAAACCUGGAGAAAUUGAGUUCGGACAUGUAAGCGAAACACCUAACGAUUGGGAGCAGAGAUUUGAGAAGAUAAAUUUCGAAGACAACAAUCGACAAGGAAAGGUAAGAUGGGGUGAUAAACACGGAGGGUAUGGUGAACAUUAUUGGGAUUACAACCAUGCUGGACACGACGGGCACGACGGCGAAGAGAGCAGCCAUAACGAACAAUACGCAGCCUACGAGGAAGAAGGGGAAUCCGUCCCUGUGCCAACUUACGCAGACAAUUCUAGGGGAAAGAGAGAACAGCUCAACCAAGAUGUUGAAUUCAUAAGUCCCAAAGCAAGAUCCCUAGUUUUAAGUGGUGUUAGUGGCAAGCACGGUGGAAACUACAUGAGCGAAAAGGAUUUUGAAAGAAGGAAGAGGGAACAGAAGAAAAGGAAAAUCAAAUCCUUGAACGGAGAUUAUCUCUUGUAUCAACCUGAAACCGGACGUGUAGUUGAUCACAAAACUGGAAUCACAUAUGAACUUAAGCCUGUAGAAUUUUGAUUGUACUUGUAGAGCAUUUCUUCAUAUUAUUUAUUUUUUACAUUUUUAUAUUUUUGUAACUUUGAUUUUGGAAUAAAUGGAUUUUAAAGAC